AUGGUUUAUGCAACCUGCAUUUCAACACUUGGAGUAGCAUGGUGUAGUGUUGCCUAUCUUUUAGCUGGGGUCUCUUUUCUUGAAUUCCUCGCGACAGUACUUUAAAAUCAGGGAUAUCAAGUAAUGAUGCACAUAAAGCUAUUUAGAAUCUUCGCAAACAAAAUAUUGGCAAUACUUUAUAUCCAGGUGCUCCAAACAAUUUGUAUGUUUUGUCAUUACAUGAUUAUUGAUGAAGAAUUCAAUGUUAUGUUUAUGAUUAUGAUAUAUUUACAGUUCAUAGAAAACACUUUACUAUCCCCCAUCCUUGAUCGAACGAUUGACUGUAAAAAUUCCUAAAAAUUGGGAAAAUUAACCCCCAUCCUUAAUCGAACGAUUUUCAUAUCAUGCAAAUUUUUUAUGUAUAUAAAAAUAUAUUAGUUAUAAAAGCUUGGGAAGAUGUGCCUAAUGAAGUUGUUGUCAGAGGCUUUGAGACGACAGGAAGCUACGGAAUCAACCAUCCGAAGUGAUUUAGUCAUCAGCCUGGGCUUUAAAAACUCAAUAAUCUAAAAAAUAGAGAUUCUUUAAAAUUAAAAAUUCAAUAAAGAACAAAUUAAAAUUUAUAAAGUUUAAAGAGGUAACCGAAAAAUCAAAAUAUUAAAAUUGGUAUUUUUAUGAAAUUAAUUCAAUUUUUUGCUGUAAAGAUAAUUAUUAAAUAAUCUUAGCCCUCUUAUUUAAAAGUGUAUAAAAAUAAAAUUUGUUUUAGCCCCCAUCCUUGAUCGAACGAUGGCGAGCUAUUUGAUCAAGGAUGGGAGGAGAGUUAGUAUUUUACUACUUUUCAGGAGAAGCAUCGAAAAUGAAAAAAGGAAGAAUGUAUGCUAAUUUGUAAAAAAAUUGAAAAAGAGUGUAAUAAAUAGAGAUAGUAUGCAAUUAUAUAAUUUUGGAUAUAAAAUUAUGGGAUUUUCGUUGUUAAUAGCAAAUAUAGGAUAUUUAACUGGGUUUAUGGUAUAUAUUGGAGCAGCUAGUGGGUCGAACCAAAAUAUUUAUGACUGCACAAAUGGGAUUUGGAUAUAUUUAAGGUCAAGCGGACUUGUGCUAACCGUAGUUUUCUUUCUUUUAGGUGUGAAAAUGGCCCGUGAACUCAAAAUUCUCAAACAAAACAGUUUGAUGAUAAACACAAGCAGAGAAAAAGAAUUAUGGUAAUAAUUUUCAUCAGGGUUUUGAUUUUAAUUGUUUUAUUUGGAAAUACUGUAUCGAUGAUCCAAAACAUGAUCCAGAUUUUGACUCCUCACAACAACUGUGUCGAUUUAUUCCAUUUUUCUUAAAUAAAUUAUCCGAUUUUCCUAUAUUAGUUAUUAUCAUAAUAAUAAAUUAUAGAAUAUUUUCUCAUGCAAGCUUAGGAGUAAACAUCUUUUUAUUCCUCUUAUGCAGACUUAUGAGCCAAGACAUUUUCAAUGUAUAUUGUUUAUAUGUGUUCUGAGCCGGAAGAAAAGACUCAGACUCAGACGAUUCUGGGGUAAUUUUUACCUAGAUUUCUCUUCCUAUUGAAGAACCAUUAGGAUCACCAUUAGCAGACCACCAAUCUAAAGAAUUCGGCGAUGAAAGUCCAGACUCAGGAAACGAAAUACCAUUUUAUUAG